AUGAUUUACUUUAGUUUGGUGCACACAGCCUAUCACUUAUACCACUGGCUUCCCAGACCCACUCGUCUCAGCCAGGUGACCACUCUUCUCUGACUGGCCAUUCUGUUCCUUCACUCCUGGGUCCUGCUCAGGCCCAGGUCUGCCCACUACUGCAGCCAGCCCCUCCUUGGCAAUCUGGUGGUUAACAUCAUCUUUGCUUUCUUCACCAUUGGCCUGGCUGUGCUCCUCACUCAGGUGGAACCAGGGCCCAAGGCACGGGGUGGGCUCUUUGUGGUUUUUGGUAUCGCCUCCUUUGCUGAGGGAGUCUGUACUAUGGUCUUCACUGCCUUGGCCUCCAACUGUGAGAAAACCACCCCCGAACUUUACUACCUGUCUCUGCUCUUGUCAUUCGGCAGCCUGGUGUCUACAGUGUUCUUCUCCAUCCAUCACGGGGCUGAUCUGGCUGGCCAACACGGUUUCUCCGGGCCUAGUGCUGAACAAAGAGCCAGCCACCGGCAUCUGGUUCCAGACACAAGCAAUGGAAUCCUGGAAUCCCCAUGGAGACCUCGGAGCCAGGAUUCCAGGCUGGAUAUGCAGCCAUCCAGUCCAGCAGGGAAGCCCUGA